CUUCAACUCUUCUCUCACUCUCUCUGUCCACCCAAAUCAAUGUUCCCUCUCUCCCCUCCGUCUCCCUCCCUCUCUCCCCCACCCCUCCCCCAAACCCUAACCCUAACCCUAAUUCCUCCCAAUGACAAAACCCACCACACCCACCACCAGUUUCUCCCCCUCUUCCCAUUCUACCCUCAGACCCAUCUUCAAGUUACACCCAGUACCCCCUCCUUCCACCCCCACCAAACCCUCCCUCAAGAUCCUCUGCUCUCAAAACCCACCACCCGCAAACCCUAACCCUCCUCCCAACCAAACCCUAACCCUAGUCUCAAUCCUCAGCGCAAUACCCAACUGGGCUGACACCAUACAAGAGAGGGGCAUGAGGCAGAACCGGACCUUGUACAACCACGAAAACUGGGUCCAGCACAGAAGCUCUUAUCGCCACAUCCGCCAUUUCCUUUCGAGCCUCUCGUCGCGGGUGAUCCUCUCUCUUAUUCCUCCAGUAAUCGCUUUCACUUCGUUUGCCGUGCUCAUCGCCGGUUACAAUUCGGCGGUUUUCGUGCAUUGGUUGCCGGAGUUUUUCCCGACGCUUAGGGCAUCGUCGUUGCCCUAUCAGUUGACAGCGCCCGCGUUGGCACUGUUGCUGGUGUUUAGGACGGAGGCGUCGUAUUCGAGGUUUGAGGAAGGGAGGAAGGCUUGGACUAUGGUGGUUGCAGGGACUAAUGAUUUUGCAAGGCAGGUGAUUGCCAGUGUGGAAGGGUCUAGUGAGAAAUCGUUAAAGAAGGCAAUUUUGCAGUAUAUCAUGGCGUUUCCGGUUUCCUUAAAGUGCCAUUUGAUUUAUGGCUCAGACAUGGAGCGGGACCUCGAAAAUUUGCUCGAAGCUGAUGAUCUAGCAGUAGUUCUCAGUUCAAAGCAUCGCCCUCGCUGUAUCAUUGAGUUCAUCUCCCAAGGCCUCCAGAUGCUACAUUUGGAGGAGUCUAAGCGAAAUCUGUUGGAGUCAAAAAUCUCUUGUUUUCAUGAAGGUAUCGGUGUUUGUGAACAGCUCAUGGGCAUACCAAUCCCUCUCUCGUACACUCGCUUGACCUCAAGGUUUUUGGUUCUUUGGCAUCUCACUCUUCCCAUUAUUCUUUGGGAGGAUUGCAACUGGAUUGUGGUUCCUGCUACUUUCAUUAGUGCUGCUUCAUUGUUCUGCAUCGAAGAGGUGGGUGUUCUCAUUGAGGAGCCCUUUCCAAUGCUAGCCCUCGAUGAGCUGUGUAAAGUGGUUCACAACAACAUACGGGAAUCAAUCGCCUCUGAGAAAUUGAUUCAAGUGCAACUUAAUGCGAAAAGAAAGAGCCCUGCGACUGAGCACUCCCCAAAUGGUCGGCCGACUUCUUAGGGGGACAGAAAAACUCAACUUCAAGGAUCUUCGCACAUUCACUGUUGAACAUGUCUUUGUAUUUUGCCCAUAGAAGUUUGAGUUUCCAUGCCCGGAUAAUCAAAAGUAGGCAUCGUAGUUAGAAACAUAGAUCUAAGUAAAUACGAGUUUGUAAAGUUGAACUGGUUUACUAUUGAGGGGAUUCCACAUCCGGUGCUUAUCUGUGUGUAUAUGUAA